AUGGCGCCGGUAGUACACGAGUAUGAUUACGCGAUUAUACCUUGGUACCUGAUAAGCGUGACGACAGCCUUGGCCAUCUCCUGUCUUUUCACUCUUUUGGCGCCUUCCGACUGGUUUUCCCUUAUCCCCGCCCUCACUACCUACGGAAAGGCCGCUGGAGACCUCCAGGAACAACCGCCUUUAGUUAGGGCUAUUUCAGUACCCAAAAGGUUCGCUUCAAAAUCUGAAGGUGUUCUAAUAAAGAACGGAUUCAGAUGGUUCACUCAUUUCUACAUUGUCGGCGUUGUGACGACAGUUCUGUGGUUGCAGUUUCUAUGUGCAAUUUACACACAAACGGUUAUCCCUUCGCCAACUUUGACUUAUUACUUGUCAAUGUUGACCAACCUCCACAUUGCGAAGCACUGUAGGUUUUAUUUUCGUUCAUAAAUUCAAGUUUUGAGAGAACUUUUUCCACUCAGAAUGCAAAUUUGAAAAGUUUUAGAAUAUGAAAACUUUGAAAAAUAAACUGAGCGUCAUUCUCUUAUAAAAUUAUUUUCAAAGAAAGUACGAAAUUUUUUGAUGUUGGUUUAUUUUCUUAACCAAUGUCAAAUUAAUAAAUCGAAAAUUGUUUUGAGCUUUACUCUCACAUAAAUAUAUAUUUCUGCCGAUUUUUCAGUCCUCUUUAAGGUCCUAAUUUUUAAACUUUCCUUUCAUUUUUUUAAAAAAAUUUCCAACCGGUUUUUUUAAAAAUAUAUUUUUUUCAAAGUAGUUUUUUUCGAUUUUUUUCAAUUUUUCUAAGUUUCUUAAUUAAGCUCGGUGAAUUUUUAAAUAAAAAAUUGCGACAACUAUCGAUUAUGUGAGCGUUUUGUAAGUCAUUUCUGAACUAUUGACCUGCUCAUCAUUUUUUCGAUGUUAGAGAAAAGUUUCCACACAGUGAGCUGGACGACGGGCUGCGUGGCACUGACGCUGGUGCUGAUGCACGUGUUGCGGCGUUGCUACGAGACGUUGUUCGUGUGCAUCUACUCGGACAGUACGAUGAACGUCUUCCACUACAUUCUUGGCCUCGCCCACUAUAUAAUCCUGCCGUUGUCCAUCGUCUGCGAGAUGCGUGGUGUCGUCACCCGAAAUCCUUCCGGUUGGAAUCUUUUUGAGCGAAUAAUAAAUUAUAUCUUCUUUACUAUUUAAUUUUCAAGUUUCUCAUAGCCUUUUUUCGAAAUGAAAUGAAAUUUAUUGAUUAUGUACUCAGCAAGGGAGACCAUUAGUUUAAAGGCUUACAGAUUUACUAGAUUUAAAUUUGGACAUUUUCAUUUUGCGUAAAUUCAUAGCUUGGAAAUUCGUUAUUUGGUGGUAUGAAAUAAAAACCAGCGGAAUUUCGAACGGCGAUUUUUUCGAUUUUUUUCAUAUCGCUAGGGAGCUUUCCGACUGCGAAGUUCCCGACUAAUCCUUUUCCGACAUUUUUUUGGAUAACUCUAAAUGCGCGAGGUCCUUGUGUGUUGCUCGCCCUUCUCCUUUUCCAAGGAGAGCCACGCGGUGUUUUGGUGUACCUCAAACUUGGGUAAUUAAACCUUUAUUAAAAAAAUAAGCAAUAAAACGGAACAUGAUAAAAUAAUACAAAAGUAAAAGGAGAAAACGAUCAGUCUGGCUGAUCGUAUCGGAGACAGAAUCGUGUGUCCCGUGAGCUUUUAUAAGCUCCGUGACGACACGAUCGAGGGGGUGGCGUAGCGUCUGAAAGGUGUGUUAAAAGCUUCUAAAAGGUUUGUUAAAAGCUUCUAAAGAGGUUUGUUUCGAUGGACAGAACUUUUAGUUCUGACAAACUCUUCGUUUUGAAAAUGUAUAUUUUUUGAAUUGAAUCUGUCAUUGCCGUUCUUAUUUGAAGGCUGUGAGUUAAACGUGUGAAAAGAUGUCUUCAGACUUCCAUUUCGACAUCUCCGAACUGAGCAGGACUCAGUGGCUGGGAAUCAUGCUUUUCGUCGUGUGUAAUUUGCAACAAAACAAGCUCGCCACUCGAAUCGCUGACACACGUCGAGGACCUCGAGGUGAUUUUUUUUAGAGUUCAGUCUCUAUUUCUGAAUCCUUUGUCGAGUUUUUCGAAGCUUUCAGAGGAAUUUUUUAAUUCUGAUUGGAUUUCUACAGUAAUAUUCUUCUCCGAUGGGAUUUCAUUCUUUAUAGAAGCAUUCACAAAAUUUUCUUUUCUUUUACUCCACAUAGUCAUUGAAAUAAAGUAUGAAUAGUGGUCGCAACAAAGUUGAAGGGGCUUUUUCAUUCCGUUUUGCGGAUCAUCAUUUGUGAACGGACGAUGCAAUCGGCUUUUCAUAUCUCUUGUAAAAGUGAACAACAGAGCUCACCCCAAUGUUUUCCUUCUUGGAAUUUUUUUCAUUUUUUUAGAAUACUAAAAGGUAUUUUCAAGGUCUGGUACGCAGCUAUGCACAUGGAAUUUGCGUCGGAGGCUGGUUCAAUUAUGUGUCUUGUCCGCAUUUCCUGUUUGAAAUUGCCAUCUACCUGACCCUGUGGAUGGUAGUCGGCAGCGGCUAUGCUUUCAAGGUAUUCAUACCGCCAAAAUCAGUGAUUUAUAAAAUUUUUCAGUUCAUUGUAUUUUUUGUGAUCGUCAACCAGUUUUUCGCCGCCGAAAUCACUCAUCGUUGGUAUAAAAAAACGUUUGACAAUUAUCCUGAAAAGAGGAAAGCACUUAUUCCGUUUAUCUUCUAG